CAUUCCCUAACUUUACAGGCAGAAUCACAGUAUAUAAGGGAACACAGGUGUGUAUGAACUACAUUCAGCUCUGCUUCACAGUCAAGCACUGCAAUUUCAAAGAAAACAUAGGGACAUAAGAAUACAGCGCACAACAGACUAAGAAUGAUGAAGGUUCUGCUGCUGGCUCUUGUUCUCACUCUGGUGUUGGCGAAUGGCUCUGCCCUGAAAUGUAACAGGUGUGUCCCCGCCAGACCUGGAGGAAGUUGUGUGACCACCAAGGAGACGUGUGGCUUUGGACAAGAUGCCUGUGUAUCUGCCAGAUUCACCACAUAUCCCUUUUCCUACUUUCGGAGGUGCAGUAAAAUGGGAGAUUGCUUGAUUCUUCAGUCCAGCCCUUAUAUUACAGCCAGGUGCUGUCAGACGGACCUGUGCAACUAAUACCCCUGUCAUUUAAACACAGUCUUAAAGGGGAAAAUGACUCAAACUGGUGGCAUUUAAGGAGCGCAUGUCACACAUAUACUGCAUACAUUAGUAGAACUACUUACUAAUGCAAGACCAAUAAUAGAUUAAUGUUUAAUUAACAUUAGUGUGAAUCUGUACUAUACUGCACUUUUUUCAUGUUUGUAUUCAUAUAAUAUGAACUGAGUUGUUGAUAAUUGAGCUUUUUCUCUCCUUUACUCUCCUGGGCUUCUGAUUCUUCUCUCUUAUCUGCAAAUGUCUUAAUGUUUUAAUUCUUUUAGAUUUUCAUCUAUUAGAUACAAUACUCUGGAUUUUACAAUAAUCUAAAUUUAUUAUUAACUAUUGACUAAUCCUUUAUGAUGGUUAUUUUACCUUUUGUUUUUAUUAAGUAUUUUCAUUAUCGAUUAAAGUUUGCGUGUGAGGCUAAAUUGAAUUGUAAUGAAUAAAUAAUUUAUCAUCAGCCUGGAUCUAAUUUUCCCCAAGUUUUUUAUAUUCAUACCACAGCCAAACAUGUUGCAUGAAUAAAAUGUUUCACUAAAGACA